AUGAUUCAAAUUGACUCCCAGUUCUUCUUUUGCCAGAGUGGUGAGAUCCAGGACUGUGCCUACCUGGACAGCGAAAGCGCCUACAGUGAGUGCGAGCUCUUCCCCGAUGAGGACGCGAUGACUCUGGCCCAGCAGGAGGUUCACCAUGAGUCUGACAUGGACAGUGCCAUCGAGAGUGCCCAGAGCUCAGAGGCCUCUGACGUGUGUCGCAGCGAGGACAAGGACAGUGUGCUUGGGGGCCUGUUCCUGCCCGGUGACAAGUCAAGUCCUCACAACCCUUCUGCAGCAUCUGACCUCUCCACUUAUUCCACCGCCUCUCUGAUCAGUAAUGAAGAACAAUUUGAAGAUUAUGGGGAAGGAGAUGAUGUGGAUUUUACUCCCAGUAGCCCAUGCCCUGAUGAUGAGACCAGAACCAACGCCUACUCUGACCUUGGCUCAUCUGUAUCUUCCAGUGCUGGCCAAACCCCCCGAAAAAUGAGGCAUGUUUAUAACAGCGAGUUACUGGAUGUUUACUGCUCACAGUGCUGCAAAAAGAUAAAUCUCCUCAACGAUUUGGAAGCCAGGCUGAAAAACUUGAAAGCAAACAGCCCUAACAGGAAAAUAUCAAGCACAGCUUUUGGAAGGCAGCUCUUCCACAACAGUAACUUCAGCAGCAGUAAUGGCAGCACAGAAGACUUGUUCAGAGACAGUAUAGACUCCUGUGACAAUGAUAUCACUGAAAAGGUAACAUACCUAGAAAAGAAGGUGACAGAACUGGAGAAUGACAGCCUGACAAAUGGUGACCUGAAGAGCAAACUGAAGCAAGAGAACACACAGCUAGUUCACAGAGUUCAUGAGCUGGAGGAACUAUUGAAAGACCAAGAAACAUCAGCAGAACAGACCCUGGAAGAAGAGAUAAAAAGACAUAGAGAAGCUUACAGCAAGUAUGAAAAAGAGAAAGGCACUGAAAUUGAACUGCUAAAUACAAGGGUUCAGCAACUGGAGGAUGAGAAUGGUGAUCUGAAAAGCACUGUCACCCGGCUGAAAUCCCAAACAGAGAGAUUGGAUGAGGAAAGGCAACGCAUGUCGGAUCGGUUGGAAGACACAAGUCUGAGGCUGAAGGACGAGAUGGAUUUGUACAAGAGGAUGAUGGACAAGCUGCGGCAGAACAGGCUGGAGUUUAACAAGGAGAGGGAGGCCACGCAGGAGCUCAUUGAAGACCUGAGGAAGGAACUGGAGCACUUGCAGCUGUACAAGUUGGAAUGUGAGCGUCCUGGACGUGGGAGAAGUUCCUCAUCCAGUGUGAGUGAGUUCAAUGCCAAAACCAGAGAGGUGGAAAUGGAGCACGAAAUAAAGCGGCUGAAGCAGGAAAAUCAGAAACUUCGUGACCAAAAUGAUGACCUUAAUGGACAGAUCCUAAGUCUCAGUCUUUAUGAAGCUAAAAAUCUCUUUGCAACGCAAACAAAAGCUCAGUCACUGGCUGCUGAAAUUGAUUCUGCAUCAAGAGAUGAGCUCAUGGAAGCCCUUAAAGAGCAGGAAGAGAUCAACUACAGAUUGCGACAGUAUAUGGACAAGAUCAUUUUGGCAAUCCUGGACCACAACCCUUCUAUCUUGGAAAUAAAAAACUGAAGAGAAUAUGGGAAGGAAAAGCAGCAACUGCCUGAUAUUUCUGCACAUGCCACUGGAUCUAAACAACACUGAUACUGUAAAUGAGUCUAUAAAUAUAUAUAUACACUAGGUGUGAGUGUGGGUGCGCGGGUGUUUAUAUGAUGUUUGGUACACUGUUCUUUGUCAUUGAACUGGCUUGGUUAGACUUUUUCCAUGCACUUUCAAUACCUGUGAUAAGAUGGAUACUGUAUAUUAAUGUAAUAACAAUAUAACUGGAUCGUGCUGUUUUAGAUACUGGACAAAAAUGACUCUACCUCUAGUUGUAAAGGUAAACAAUACAAUGGAAACAUAUGGAUGUGUCCCUGACUUUAGGAGCAAGAAUUUUUUCUUCGUUCUUCCA